AUGCGCGUCAUCUUUAGCGUUGCUGCCCUCAGCCUCUCCUACCUGGCUGCAGCCUCGCCACUGCCUCGAUCCUCCAGCCCGUUCCCCUUGAAGGACGGCUUCCCAACCCCAACAAGACCGAACUGCAACAGAUCGAGCUCAGGGCCUUUGGCACCUUGCCCAACGCUCAUUGCCUUCAAUGAGCUGUUCGAGGUCGCCUUUUUCGACAGCCUGAUUCACAACAUCACGACCAAUGUGUCUGGGUUUGAGGUCAAGAACGCCAAGUCCCGCGAGCUGCUUCUCAAGGCGCUUGAGGCGGCGAAAGCUCAAGAAGAGCUGCACGCCUUGAACGCCAACAACGCCCUCCAGGCCUUCACCGGCCAGCCGAUCCAGCCCUGCCGGUACAAAUUCCCGUCCACGGACCUCGACUCGGCCAUCACCCUCGCGGGAACCUUCACGUCCGUCGUGCUGGGCACCCUGCAGGACGUGAUCCAAGUCUUCGCCAAGAACGGCGACGUCGGCCUGACGCGGGCCGUCGCGUCCGUCGUCGGCCAGGAAGGCGAGCAGGAGGGCUUCUUCCGGCAGCUGCAGGGCAAGGUGCCGAACGAGCUGCCGUUCCUGACGACGAGCACGCGCGACUUUGCCAUCAACGCGCUCAACCAGACCUUCAUCGUGCCGGGGUCCUGCCCCAACAUCCAAGUCAUCCAGGGCCUGAAGGUCUUCGAGCCCCUGACGCUGCUCAGCAAGCCCGAGGCCAAGACGGAGCCCAUCCAGUUCAGCUUCGAGACGACCGAUACUACGAAGAAUAUGGAAGGCUUGAAGCUCGUCUACGUCAACCAGCAGAACCUGCCCAUCGUCGAGGACUUCACCGUCGUCAAGACUGAGGGUUCGACCGUCACCAUCGAGGCGACUUUCCCUUACGACGAGAACGAGCUCAACGGUCUGACCAUUACCACGGUGGUAGAAGGUGCCAGCGGCUCAGGCAGUAACUUCACGGAUGCGCAGGCUGUCGCUGAUGCUACCAAGUUUGGUCCUGCUUUGAUUAUCGUCAACUAA